UUACUUCAAAAAAAUUACGAAUUUUUACUGCAAACUCUGGGAUAUAAUAGUAUGAUUACCUGUACUUACAAAAUAAAUAUCUUUUGUAGCAAUUAGGAACUAAAAAGUAAAACUUAAUGUAAUUUUAUUGAAAAACAAUGUGGUUUCUGAGAUAAAGUACAUUAAGAGUGAUAUGUUUGCACAGUAUUAAGUGUAGAAAAAGUAGCAAAGAUGGAUGUGGUCGGUAGCGAAAUUGGCCAAAAAAUGCGCUCUGCCAUUAAGGCAAAGUUGACCGAACUGGGAUGCUAUGUCGAUGAUGAACUUCCUGACUAUGUAAUGGUGAUGGUUGCUAACAAACGCACUCAGAUGCAAAUGGAGGAUGACCUACAACUAUUUCUUGCAGAUAAUACAGAACUGUUUGUGAAUUGGUUGCACCAGGUUUUAAAGAAAUUGCAAGAAGUUACAGUUGCUGCACCACUAAAAAUUGACAAAGAGAAAGCCAAAGAAAGAUCUGCAUCAAAAGACAGAAAAUCAAAGGAAAAGAAAGAUAAAGACAAGUCCAAAAGGAGUGAUUUUUUAAAAAAAUCAAAAAAGAAAGAAAAAGAAAAGCUUCUACACAAGAAAGAAAAAAAAUUACAAAAGAGCAAGAAAGAAAAGAGAAGCAAGAGCCAUGAGCGGAUCCGUCCAAAUAUUCCACCGCUGCUAAUGAAUAUGGAAAAACAUUCUGAACCCUCAAUAACUGAUGUUUUUGCUGGUCAAAUCCUCAAGAAUCAUGGAGUCAACCUCGAUAAUUACAAAGAUGACAUUACAAUUAUGGAAACUAAGGCCUUCAUUAAAGAUAAGAGGCAGAUUCUACCAAUAAUAGAUCCUGCCUCUAUAUUGGAGACAGACACAAAUUCAACAGAACCACAAAAUUCUGACUCAAAUUCAAACGAAGUGCCGAGGCAGAGUGCAUUGAAAGAAAUGAAUGAAAUUGAAGCCAAAAUACAAGGGUUAAAGCAGAAAUUGGUGGAGCAAUUAGAUUCUAUGUCCGAUGAUGAAGACUUUUUAAAUAUAAGAACUGAGGCAGAAGAGUUGAUGAAUGAUUUUGCCGAGGAUGUCUUUCAGGAAAUUAGUCAACCGACGAAAGCGGCACUCGUCGUUUCGGAAGAUGCACUGAUUCAAAAAAAUACACAAAAGUCUAUCCCCAAGGAAGGGACGGACCGGCCCGUCGAGAUCCCGAAGCUUUCCACGGAACGUUCGAAGGACGGUUCGGCCGUUGAAGUCCCGAGGAUGCCCGAUGACCCCACGGAGACGUUGCCCCAAAUCGAGCUGAAUCUCCCCAAACGCCCCAUCAGAGAGCGGCUCGGCACUCGAAAUCCGGUCAAGGACGCGGAAGUCAAGGCGACGGGAAAACCUUUAAGCCCCGAAAGCUUCACGCCGGAAAGGGAGACGACGGAGCCGGUCGAGACCAGAAAGGCGGACGACCGGAGCGCCAAGAGGCUCACCUCCAAAGUGUGCGCGUCCGUGGUGCGGGUCCGGCCUCGGCCGCGAGCCGACGCCUCCGCCUCCAACCUGCUGCUGAGGGCCGUCGCCGACGCGCACAAGAGCCUGCUGAACGUGAGUCCGGUCGGCCGAGAUCCGUCCGCCGAACGGCGAGAGCGACUGAACUCCGUCCGUCCGUUGCAGAUUCCCCCCAAGGUGGAGACGGAGCCGUCCAGUGUGAAGCGGGCGUUGGUGCUGCCCAUGCGCCGCUGCGUCGAUCCCGACAAGAUCGUCAUCCGCGUGGCCGCCGACGGACGGACCGACGAAGCGCAUAGGUUCGUGAGCAGCACCAGGGCGAAGGACGAAUACCCUCCGAUUGCCUCGAGCGAGAGAAUCUCGAACUCGGCCUACGUCCCCACCCGGAGCGCCGUCGCCUCCGCCUCCGCCUCCGCCUCCGCCGCGGACUCGCUCGUGGUGGAGACCAUAAAUAUACACAAUCCGACCGUCGACAAAGACAAAGACACACAAUUCAUAGUAACGAUGGACGGUUACCACCCGAACGCGUUCCUGGCCAAAAAGCUUUUGACGGAGGGUCUAUUAGAUGACGACGACGGUGAAUCAGGAAAGCUUACACCGCAAGCGACAAAGGAAAAAGAAAUAAACAAAAAAGACAAAAAUGGACCCGCGAAGGCCGAAGAGGAAAUGGCGCCAGUCGACGACAAAGUGAACGAAAAGAAACCCGAAGUGGAGAAGGAGCCGAAGGAGAGAGGCGGGCCCGUCUCGUCAGCCGUCAGCCAAAAGAAACGGUUGAGCGACACGAGCGAGGACAGCGGAACUCAAGUUAUUAUAAAACGGGAAGACGAGAAGGUGGAAAAGAGAAAGAGGGGCGUGGCACCGAGUGCGGUAACGACGGACGUACCUGCGGUCAAGAAGAGAAGGGCGUCGCCGAUAGUCUUCGACGUGGAUAAGAAAGCGGGAGAUCGAGACGCGCGAAGAGAGAGGACGGUGAGCGCGAGCAGUGACAGUCACUCCGUCUCGCUGACCACUCUCACCGACGCGAACAAAUACGAUGCGGUGCCUCCGCUGUCGCAAGCCGUGGCAGGCAGCGAGCGUCGAGGUUUGUGGUGCCGAGCCUUCCCUUCGUGCCGCUUCGGGCCUUCGUGCGCCUUCGUGCACCCUCGCUGCAAGUUCGCGGCCUCCUGCACCCGCCGAGGCUGCGUCUACGCGCACGACGCGCCCUCCGUCGCCUCCCACGUGGUCCCCGUCGCGAACUUCAAAUCCGUUCCGAGUUCGAUUCCUAACCUGUGCAAAUUUUAUCCGAACUGCGCGAACCCUUCGUGCCACUUCUACCAUCCGAAGCCCUGUCGCUUCGGCAAGGCCUGCGCGAACAGGCUCGAGUGCAAUUUCUACCACGCUGACGUUCCGGGAAAGAUGUACACUCUUUGAAACAUUUACCAUUAAUUAUAUAUAUUAGGUGUC